CUGUUUUAGUAAAUAUAUAGUGCGAAUUUACAAUUUUGUCAUCUCAAAAUCAACCCAAGCAAUCAUUUUGAGGACAGAUCGCUUUCUCACUCUCUGUCUUCAGACACACACACUCUCUCUCUCUCUGCGCGCUGUGGUCUGGUUGUGUGAGAGAAGAAUUCAGAUUUAGAUUCAUACAUUUCCAAUAUCAAGUUUUUCAGAGAGGGUCAUAUGUCAUGUAUCAUAAUCAUUUGAAACAGUCUCAUGGAUUUCUAGAAAAUAUGAAUUGGAACAUUUUGAUGUGGUCUAUAUUUUUCAUUCUCUAAGCAGCAGAAAGUUGGCCAACAGAAAGUAUCAUGGCGGCUAAUGAAAAUCUUCCCCCAAAUGUUAUAAAGCAACUUGCAAAGGAAUUGAAGAAUCUUGAUGAAUCUCCCCCUGAGGGCAUUAAAGUAGGUAUUAACGAUGAUGAUUUUUCAACCAUAUAUGCUGAUAUUGAGGGCCCAGCUGGUACUCCAUAUGAAAACGGUGUUUUUCGCAUGAAGUUAUUAUUAUCUCAUGACUUUCCACACUCUCCUCCAAAAGGUUACUUCCUGACCAAGAUUUUCCAUCCAAACAUUGCACCCAAUGGUGAGAUUUGUGUCAAUACACUUAAAAAGGAUUGGAAUCCAAGUCUUGGGUUACGACAUGUUCUCAUUGUAGUUAGGUGUUUAUUGAUCGAACCAUUUCCAGAAUCAGCCUUAAAUGAACAAGCAGGCAAGAUGCUACUUGAGAAUUAUCAGGAGUAUGCUAGACAUGCCAGACUUUACACCGGGAUCCAUGCCAAGCCAAAACCCAAGUUCAAAUCGGGAGCCAUUUCCGAGUCUACCACAGCUCUGAAUGUUGACCAGACUAACACCUCAGUUACUGCUGAUCAGAAGAGCAUAACACCAGAUGUUGCAUUGACAUUGCCAUCCCCAUUGGCACCUUCUACAACACCCACCAAGGGAAAUGGGCUGGAGCAGCCUGCCUCCUUGGCACCAACAACGGAUACAGUAGUUAGUGGGUCUGCUGUGGCAGCUGCCACCGCACAAAAGAAGGAAUGUGGAUUGGCAAAAGUUCACUUAGACAAGAAAAAACUAGAUGCAAGAAAGAAAAGCUUGAAGAGAUUGUAAACUUACGUAGACAUGAUUGAACUGCAAUUAUGGGAUUUGUGGCCAAACUUUUGUCGUCCAUUGAUGGGGGAUGGGGCAAGUAGGGGCAAAUUUGGGGUUUGGGGAGGUGAGCGAAUGUAUGCUGUAAUGAAUAUUUCCAUUGGACAAUGUGACUCGUGUUGUAAAAUUUAAGUUUCUGUA